CACCACGUCAGCUCGAUACCGUUAUAUAGGGCCAAGCCAUCUGUGGGGCAUUACAAUCUCAACUGAAAUCUCUUGAGGGCUACAAGAAAGGAAAGACCGACAAGAUGAAACUGUACUUAGCUGCAGCCGUGUUGAUGCUUGUGUUUGCUGCACACACAGAGGCCCAGGUGGAGCCCACACUGGAGCAGCACUUCGCCAAUUUCCACACCCAAGUGAAGGAGAUUGCAGGGGACCUGACAGAGAAGACCAAGAACGCAUUCGCACAGUUUGAACAGAGCGAGUUCGCUGUCAAAACCAAGAACUGGUUUACUGAGCAGUUUGAUAAGAUAAAGCAGAAGCUGGGUGAAACCUUCAGUUCAGAUUAAAAUGAUAACCACUGACCUUAUACCCUUUAUCCCUGCAACCCUAUAAUCACAGACUAUGUGAUGUCAGCCCAAACCUUUUGUGCCGACGGGCACAAUUGUUACAAUUCACACUGUUGUGAUCUGUGUGUCAUUUGUGUAAUCUGUACAAUAGUUUACAGUUUUUGUGAGAUGCUCUGUUAAAUAUUCUGAAAAAUUGUGGAAAUCUAAAAAUAAAUUCUGAAAUUUUUUCAAAAGAAUAAACAGUGAAAAAAGUA